AGAGAACGGACAGAGUGGGUUAGGGGCAGAGGGGAUCUCCCAGCCACUUACAGAAGACAGAAGUAGGCAGGCAGGACCAAGGUCUGUGGAGGCUGGCUGUUCAGGACUGCUGGGUCUUGCUGUCUAAGGGGUGACUAGCAGAGGAUAGAGCAAAUAACUAGAACUUGGAAGCCUGGUCCGGGUGCAUCGAAAAGAGGCGGAGUCUGAUGGGGUGUGCAGCAACCUGGGGCGGGGCCCCGGGAUUGGGCUGACCCAGAUGGCCACUCGGCUCUGUUGGGUUUGGGGACUGAUGUCCAAGCGGACGGGACACUGUACUUCCAGCAGCUUUGGCGGUGGUCCUGAUAGUGCUGAUCCAGGAGGGGCGGGCCCAAGGUGGGCGGGGCCUUGGGUUGUCCCCCGCCAAGUCGCUGUCAGGUUAGAGCUGGUCCAGGAGGGGCGGGGCCCAAGGUGGGCGGGGCGCUGGGCCUCCAGCGGCCACGCCACUGUCGCGGGUGCAUUCCUGGCUCUCUGGCCCGGGGCGGAGGAGCGCCCUGGCUGAGUCUGCAGUCCCCACUAGGAGCGGGUGUCGGGGCUGGCCGGAGCUGGGAGCGCGGCCGCGGAGGACCCAGCAAUAAAUUCAUUUAUUCGGCAAAAAAAUAAAUGAUGUGUGCUGAGAGUGAGCAGAAGAUCUGUCUCCGUUCUCUGCUUUCCUCCAAGGAAAGAAUCCCCAAACUGCCCUUUCUGUGAACUUGUGCCAAGGUCUCAGCAGGACCGGAGGAGAGCAGGAAGCCCAGCCCUGCCCCCCUGCACAACCUACUGUGAAGAAGCUUUGGGCUCUGGCAACAGCAAAGCUGCUUCCAGUCUCUGCCUUGCUGCUGUGUGGUGGUGGGGGGGGGGGGGGGGGCAGGGGUUGUACAAGACUUCUAACCACUUCCUGUCUCAGUUUCUUCAUCUGCAAAAUAGGGGAAUAGUACCAACAAAGGUGCAUGCAUAGCAGGGGUUCUUCUCCCUCCUUUUCAGGAAGGCAGUUGGUGGGAAGCCCAGCUUGGGUCCUUGUGAGCAGCAGGAAGGAUAUGCAGCUGCUGUUGGCCCUGUUGGGGGUCCUGCUGGAGGUGCCUGGGGCUCCAGCUUUGUCCCUUGAGACCUCUGAGGAAAUGGAGCUAGAGCCCUGCCUGGCCCCCAGCGCAGAGCAGCAAGAGCAGGAGCUGACCGUGGCCCUUGGGCAGCCUGUGCGGUUAUGCUGUGGGCGGGCUGAGCGUGGUGGCCACUGGUACAAGGAGGGCAGUCGCCUAGCACCUGCUGGCCGGGUACGAGGCUGGAGGGGCCGCUUGGAGAUCGCCAGCUUCCUACCGGAGGAUGCUGGCUGCUACCUCUGCCUGGCACGAGGCUCCAUGCUUGUCCUGCACAAUGUUACCUUGGUUGUGGAUGACUCCUUGACCUCCAGCAAUGGUAAUAAGGACCCUAAGGCCCACGGGAACCCCUCGAAUGGGCACAUUUACCCCCAGCAAGCACCCUACUGGACACACCCUCAGCGCAUGGAGAAGAAACUGCAUGCAGUGCCUGCUGGGAACACUGUAAAGUUCCGCUGUCCAGCUGCAGGCAACCCCAUGCCCACCAUCCGCUGGCUCAAGGAUGGAAAGGAUUUCCACGGGGAGCAUCGCAUUGGAGGCAUUCGGCUGCGCCACCAGCACUGGAGCCUGGUGAUGGAAAGUGUGGUGCCCUCGGACCGUGGCACAUACACUUGCCUCGUGGAGAACUCUAUGGGCAGCAUCCGCUACAGCUAUCUGCUGGAUGUGCUGGAGCGGUCCCCGCACCGGCCCAUCCUGCAGGCGGGGCUCCCAGCCAACACCACAGCUGUGGUAGGCAGCGACGUAGAGCUGCUGUGCAAGGUAUACAGCGACGCCCAACCCCACAUCCAGUGGCUGAAGCACAUCGUCAUCAAUGGCAGCAGUUUCGGUGCCGACGGCUUCCCCUACGUGCAAGUCCUGAAGACAGCAGACAUCAAUAGCUCAGAGGUGGAGGUCCUAUACCUUCGGAACGUGUCAGCCGAGGACGCAGGCGAAUACACCUGCCUGGCAGGCAACUCCAUUGGCCUCUCCUACCAGUCAGCCUGGCUCACGGUGCUGCCAGAGGAGGACCUCACAUGGACAGCACCAGCACCUGAAGCCAGGUACACGGACAUCAUCCUGUACGUGUCAGGCUCUCUGGCAUUGGUUGUCCUCCUGCUGCUGGCCGGGCUAUAUCGAGGGCAGAUACUCAUCAGCCGGCACCCUAGGCGGCCCGCCACUGUGCAGAAGCUGUCCCGCUUCCCUCUGGCCCGACAGUUCUCCCUGGAGUCAGGUUCUUCAGCCAAGUCAAGCUCGUCCUUGGUGCGGGGUGUUCGUCUCUCCUCCAGUGGCCCUCCCUUGCUCGCUGGCCUUGUGAGUCUAGACCUACCUCUCGACCCGCUGUGGGAGUUCCCCCGGGACAGGUUGGUGCUUGGGAAGCCCCUGGGUGAGGGCUGCUUCGGGCAGGUGGUGCGUGCAGAGGCCUUCGGCAUGGACCCCGCCCGGCCUGACCAAGCCAGCACAGUGGCUGUCAAGAUGCUCAAGGACAAUGCCUCCGACAAGGACUUGGCAGACCUGGUCUCUGAGAUGGAGGUGAUGAAGCUGAUCGGCCGACAUAAGAACAUUAUCAACCUGUUGGGUGUCUGUACUCAGGAAGGGCCUCUGUAUGUGAUUGUGGAGUGUGCCGCCAAGGGAAACCUGCGGGAGUUCCUGCGGGCCCGGCGUCCCCCAGGCCCCGACCUCAGCCCUGAUGGGCCAAGGAGCAGCGAAGGGCCGCUUUCCUUCCCUGCUCUGGUUUCCUGUGCCUACCAGGUGGCCAGAGGCAUGCAGUAUCUGGAGUCAAGGAAGUGCAUCCACCGGGACCUGGCUGCCCGAAACGUACUGGUGACAGAGGACAAUGUGAUGAAGAUAGCAGACUUUGGGCUGGCCCGUGGCGUCCACCACAUUGACUACUACAAGAAAACCAGCAACGGCCGCCUGCCUGUAAAGUGGAUGGCACCCGAGGCCUUGUUUGACCGAGUCUAUACACACCAGAGUGACGUGUGGUCGUUUGGGAUCCUGCUGUGGGAGAUCUUCACUCUCGGGGGUUCCCCAUACCCCGGCAUCCCUGUGGAGGAGCUGUUCUCACUUCUGCGGGAAGGGCAUCGGAUGGACCGGCCCCCAAACUGUCCUCCAGAGCUGUAUGGGCUGAUGCGUGAAUGCUGGCAUGCAGCACCUUCUCAGAGGCCUACUUUCAAGCAGCUGGUGGAGGCACUGGACAAGGUCCUGCUGGCCGUCUCCGAGGAGUACCUGGACCUCCGCCUGACCUUUGGACCCUACUCCCCUGCUGGAGGGGAUGCCAGCAGCACCUGCUCCUCCAACGACUCUGUCUUCUGCCAUGACCCCCUGCCACUGGGGCCCAGCUCCUUCUCCUUCCCUGGAGUGCAGACAUGAGCAGGGCCACAAGGUUGUUACAGGCAGGCAGGCCAGCAGCCCUCAGCCUCCUGGUUUAGCAGCAACCUGGCAGUGCUUGACCUUGGCAGCCUCAGGCCCCAACCUUAGGGUAGUGUCCCAGAUCUCUAGUUCUGCCUUGGGGAGGUCUGUCCUUGUUCCGGGGGCCCCUCGAUGAGGCUUCCAGCUCUGGCCUCAGAUUCCCAAACCAGACUUCAACCCCAGUCUUUGGAGUCGUGACCCAGGUGUCCUAGUGGCCUGAGUGUUAGGGUUCUGCCUGGCCUCCUGGCCCUUAGCACUUAGUCCAGGGGUUUGGCUGGACCUGGCUAUAGAGCUGUCCUAAACGUCCCUGCUUCCCUGCACCAAGAGAGGUCUUGGGCCUCCGAACCCCAUUUCCCCAGGCCUCCCCUGCCUCUCCUUUGCUGUUUGUCCCAGCAUCUUGGUGGCAAGAGCAUUGGCCCCUGUGUUCCCAGCUGAGUGGCUGGAAGCCUGCCGAAAACACAGAAGCAAAUGGCCUUUUAUAAAUUAUUUUUUGAAAUAAA